CCCCCCCCUGAGGUUCCUCGGAGGCGUUCCUCAGUGGGUGAAAGGUCAAGCCCGGGAGAGAGAAGUCAUGGCGCUCGCCGCGCGACUUCGGCGCGUUCUCUCGGUCCGACCUGGCCCAGUCUGGAGAGCCCGGGCCCCGGCGGGGGCGGCUGGCGGCGGCGGGCCUGGGAGCCGCGGCGUGUCUCAGGUGCUGGGUCACCCUGGUGUUUGCAGAAAAAGUCUUUUAUUCUCAGCCCUGUCUUUCUUGGGUCUGGAAGCUUAUCAGCUUGUUUCUCGGGCUGCUGUGGUUCAUGCAGCAGUGAAAGUUGUUGGGAUCGAAGAAAUCCUUGAACAAGCAGACUACCUAUAUGAAAGUGGAGAAACAAAAAAACUUUAUCAGCUGCUAACCCAGUACACAAAAAGUGAAGACGCGGAGUUGCUCUGGCGUUUGGCACGAGUAUCACGUGAUAUGGCUCAGCUUUCUGAAACCUCUGAAGAGGAGAAAAAGCUACUGGUAUAUGAAGCCCUGGAGUAUGCAAAAAGAGCACUAGAAAAGAAUGAAUUAAGUUUUGCAGCUCAUAAGUGGUAUGCAAUCUGCAUUAAUGAUGUUGGAGAUUAUGAAGGUAUCAAGGCUAAAAUUGCAAAUGCCUACAUUAUCAAGGAGCAUUUUGAGAAAGCAAUUGAACUGAAUCCUAAAGAUGCUACCUCAAUUCACCUUUUGGGUAUUUGGUGUUACACUUUUGCUGAAAUGCCUUGGUAUCAAAGAAGAAUUGCUAAAAUGCUGUUUGCAACUCCUCCUAGUUCCACCUAUGAGGAGGCCUUAGGCUACUUUCAAAGGGCAGAACAAGUGGAUCCAAACUUCUACAGCAAAAACUUGCUUCUUUUAGGAAAAACGUAUUUGAAAUUAAACAACAAGAAGCUUGCUGCUUUCUGGCUGAUGAAGGCCAAGGACUACCCGGCACACACCGAGGAGGACAGACAGAUACAAACAGAAGCUUCUCGGUUGCUUACAGGUUUUGGUGACAAGAACUGAGACUUAACAAAGAAGAAAGCACAGGUUGCUUACAGGUUUUGGUGAGGAGAACUGAGAUUUUACAAAGAAGAAAGCACACAGAAUAUCAUAUUACCUUUACCUUUGUAUCAAAUUUAUAAAGUUAAUAUAUUAACCGUAGUUGUUCUAUGACUGUCUUCUCCUUCUCAGUUCUUUAAAUGCCGUGACCAGAUUUAGUACAUAAAAUUCUGUUUCUUCAUCAGUAAGGCAAAGUAACUGCCAUACGAAUGGCAGAGGUAUCACCAUGGCUUUAGAGCAAAGAUUCUGUGUAUCUAAGGACAGCAGCAACACUUAUGGAUUCAUUUUUUUUUUUCUUUCUUUAUGGGUCACAGCUGGCAAUGCACAGGGGUUACUCCUGGUUCUGCACUCAGGAAUCACCCCUGGCGGUGCUCAGAGGACCAUAUGGGAUGCUGGGAAUCAAACCCACGUCGGGCCGCAUGCAAGGCAAAUGCCCUACCCGCUGUGCUAUCGCUCCAGCCCCUGAUGGAUUCAUUUCUAAGGGUUAGGUACAUGGAGAUGGGAGUAGUCGAGAGAGCUGCUUUGUGGAAGAUGUUCACUAUGGAAGAGCGCGUUUCAGGGUGGCGUGAUGAUGGUGGAAGAAGUUCAGUGUUUUUAAAACUGACAAACUACGGUAUAAAGUAGUUAAAAGAUUUA